AUGGCUGCUACGGACAAGGACCCUGCCGCCAUUGAGCUGGCUAAGAAGCUUGAGCACAUUCCCUGGUGCGACGACUAUGAAAAGAUGAUUUCCGGUGUCCUAUAUGACGCCCAAGUUCCUGAGCUGAUCCAAGGCCGCUUCCGUGCGAGGCGCUUGAUGCACAAAUACAAUACCACAUUUCCUGACGAUGCCACGUUGGAGUCGCUCGAGAAGUCUCGCGCAGCGGCGCUCGGCGAAAUCUUUGGCAAAGUUGGCAAGGGCGCAUAUAUUGAGCCUCCUCUCAACAUCGACUACGGCUGCAACAUUGUGAUUGGCGACAAUUUCUACUCCAACUUCAACCUCGUUAUCCUCGACUGCGCCAUUGUAGAGAUUGGCAAUCGCGUCCAGUUUGGGCCCUUUGUGUCCAUCUUUUCAGCUACCCACGAGACCGGGGUGCAGUCUCGCCGCGACGGCGUCGAGUACGCCAAGCCUGUCGUCAUUGGUGAUGAUUGCUGGAUUGGGGGCAACACGACUAUCAUGCCAGGUGUUACCAUUGGCAAAGGUUGCACGAUUGGUGCGGGCAGCGUCGUGACCAAGUCGAUUCCCGACUUUUCCGUCGCCAUUGGAACUCCGGCUCGCGUAGUCAAGAAGGUUGAUCCUGUGCCUGAUUUGUAG